GGGGGAGGGUGAGACGCGGACGGCACGCAGAGAGGCGCCGGGUCAACGCGCCAGGUAACAACGCCUCAGGACACCCGCUGACGUCCUCGCCGACAUCCUUGUCGUUGUCGUCGUCGUGAUCGUGAAACGGCCACGCUACGUGAUUUCUCCAUGAACGUCGACAACCCGUUUCGUACCCCGGAUAAUAUGAUGUCCUUCCACGCCGCCUCCUGGAGCUUCGCCCUCCUCGCGGCCACGAUCGCGUUGCUGCCCGCCACGCAUCGUGCUCCGUUCGCGCAAGCUGCAACCGGCGGAGGCAGUAUGCUGAACGACGUCAACAUCUCCGCGAUAUUGGACUCGUUCUCCGUCAGUUACGAUAAAAGAGUAAGGCCGAACUACGGAGGUCCUCCUGUCGAGGUGGGCGUCACCAUGUACGUCUUGAGUAUCAGCUCGCUAUCCGAAGUGAAAAUGGACUUCACGCUGGAUUUUUACUUCCGGCAAUUCUGGACGGACCCACGGCUCGCGUUCAAGAAACGUACAGGCGUCGAGACGCUCAGCGUCGGCUCGGAGUUCAUAAAGAACAUCUGGGUGCCCGACACGUUCUUCGUCAACGAGAAGCAGUCGUACUUUCACAUCGCUACCACCAGCAACGAGUUCAUUCGUAUUCAUCACUCGGGAAGCAUCACACGUAGUAUACGUUUAACGAUCACAGCAUCGUGUCCGAUGAAUCUGCAAUACUUUCCGAUGGACCGACAGCUCUGCCAUAUCGAGAUCGAGAGCUUUGGAUACACAAUGCGCGAUAUUCGGUACAAAUGGAACGCCGGCCUACAGUCGGUCGGCAUCUCGAACGAGGUGGAACUACCGCAGUUUCGCGUGCUCGGUCACAGGCAACGACAUACAACCAUACACCUAUCUACAGGAAAUUAUUCGCGGCUGGCCUGCGAGAUCCAGUUCGUACGGUCGAUGGGCUACUACCUGAUUCAAAUCUACAUUCCCUCGGGCUUGAUCGUCAUUAUCUCGUGGGUGAGCUUUUGGCUGAACCGUAACGCAACCCCCGCUCGGGUGGCCCUCGGAGUAACCACUGUGCUCACCAUGACCACCUUAAUGUCCUCGACGAACGCGGCACUGCCGAAAAUCUCCUACGUCAAGUCUAUCGACGUUUACCUGGGCACGUGUUUCGUCAUGGUGUUCGCAUCUCUACUCGAAUACGCGACGGUGGGCUACAUGGCAAAAAGGAUUCAAAUGAGGAAGAACCGGUUCCAAAAAAUAGCGGAGAGUAUGAAAACGGCGAGAGAGAAUCCAGGACCGCCAGGAGUACCCGGUGAUCACGGAGAUCACGCGCCUAAGCAAACUUGGUCCCGUGUUGUCCAGGAGGUGCGGUUCAAGGUGCACGACCCGAAGGCACACAGCAAAGGUGGGACGCUCGAGAACACCAUAAACGGUCGGGCCGACGAGGAAGCAGCGCCAGCGCCGCAACAUCUCAUUCACCCUGGCAAGGAUAUCAGCAAACUUUACGGUAUGACGCCGUCGGAUAUCGACAAAUAUUCCCGCAUCGUGUUCCCUGUAUGUUUCGUCUGUUUCAACCUCAUGUACUGGAUCAUCUAUUUGCACAUCAGCGACGUUGUGGCGGACGAUCUGGUGCUCCUCGAGGAGGCGAAAUAAGCGAAGAGAACGCGACGGAACGUGCGUUUAAAGACAGACAAAGUACUGAUAAAGGGGGGUGAGGCCAGUUCGCAAAUGGGACUAAGAAGAUUGAUCGAGGAUCGAUGUCCCGCCGGUGUGGGACGCACUAAAAUAAUGCUGUGAUUAACUCGGGAUGAUGCAGUGAUUGAUAGGCGAGAUGACGUAGGCUCGUUGCAUCGACGAACGGAAGAUAAAUGGAAGCGAAUGGUACGGAGGGAACGAGUCAACGAUCGAAGUUGCUGGGUUAAAUGUGAAACGGGAAGUGUCACGGGGAUAAGGAGGAGCCGCGCUUCUUUCGAGCAGUAGACGGAGACAAUCGAUGGUCAGACCGCUCGCUAAACCCAUGCUGUUAUUACUCACUGCGUGACGCACAGACCCAACGUUGAGACGUGUUCCUCGAUUCAACGCGACCCUUCGCCGACUCUCGUCCCCGUGUUUGAUACGCGCGAACAUUAGUGAAGAACAGACGAACGUUGUUAGAGAACAAAAUAAAGAAAUUAAUAAACGAAAAAACGAUACAAAAGAAGUAAGGAUAUUCAAGCUAACGGAGAAUCCACGGACGUGCAUACCUUAAACAUUGCCAGUUUAGGUACCUAGAUCUUUAAAAAAAAAAAAAAAGGAAGACGAGAAUACCUUCGA